AUGGCGAGUGACUCUGUACUGAACAGAAGCCUUGACAGUCUGGAGAAACGCCUAGACAUAUUAGAACUUUCAGUGAAGCAGCAGAAUUCCAAACACACUCUCUCGCAUAAUGUCGAUGCUUUGGUCCGUGACGUCAAUGAGCUUGCGCGAAGCCACCCCGAGCUGACUUACGGGGAUCAGCUGCUGCAAAAGUACGGCUUGGUGGAUAUUUACACUAGGAAAUUCGCCGACGAAAAACUAUACCAGCUUGUACAAGCUAGAAUCGAGUGUCUAGGCAGCACAAUAGAUCAGUUAUUACAAUUGAAAACCAUGGACAUACCACCAAUCGACCACAUUGCCUGUAGCCCGAACCCAGACCAAAUUAAUUCUGCCGUGCGAGCGUUCGAGCAGGCGUCGAUCCGUAGCGUCGAGCUGCUGUCACGAUGGCUUUGCGCAAUCCAACAGGCAAAUACCGCUGCUGGCAACUUAGAAGCCACCCUAAAAACUGCGGAGAAAUCGUAA